AUGGCUAACUACGUUUGGUGGUUCACGGUGGCGUUUAUCGGGUGUUUAUUGAUGCAGAAGCCGGUUGUUUCCAACCCACAAACCCACCUGUUAAACGAAGGCUGUAGUCAAUAUAAUGUAACAAAUUUACCUGAUUUCUUCAUUCCUUCAUUCUCUGAAGGAAUGAAGUAUGAGAGCAACAACUUCUACCAAGACACUACACAGCCAGGAAAUGCACCAAUUUGUGGGAAUCGAACAACUUCUCGGCCAAAUGCUUUGAACCCUGUGGCACAACAGCUCUUGAAGAAUCUUAGCAUCGCAACUCCAAGAAUUAGUGGCUUCUUCGCAGCCACGAAGAGUGAAGCAUCUGGUGUUACUGUCUAUGGAGUUGCUCAAUGUGCUGAAACCAUAACGGAAAGGGGCUGCCAAGAUUGCUUGACAGUUGCAUACACGAACAUAGAAGGCUGUUUGCCUAAAAAUGCAGAAGGGAGGGCUGUAGAUGCAGCGUGUUUUAUGAGGUACUCAGAUAGAGCCUUUUUUGCUGAUAACAUGACAACUGAUAUCACAAAGUUUCUUGGUGGAGGAGGAAGUUCAAACAAGAAGAAAGCCGCCAUUAUUGGAGGUGUGGUUGGAGGUGUAGGACUUCUUUUGAUUAUAUUGGCUGCGUUCCUAUGGUAUCGACUAUCAAGAAAACCAAAGGCAGUCGAAAGAGGUAAUUUACUGGGAGCAACUGAGCUGAGAGGCCCAGUGAGCUACAGAUUCAAGGACCUAAAAAUUGCUACCAAAGAUUUCAGUGAAAAUAAUAAACUUGGUGAAGGUGGUUUUGGUGAUGUAUACAAGGGCACCUUGAAAAAUGGAAAUGUAGUUGCUGUUAAAAAACUAGCAAUGUUUUCGAGCAGAGCAAAGGCAGAUUUUGAGACUGAAGUUCGGCUUAUCAGUAAUGUCCAUCAUCGUAAUCUCAUCCGUCUCUUGGGAUGUUCUAUAAAAGGAGCAGAGCUACUACUUGUUUAUGAAUACAUGGCAAAUGGAAGCCUUGAAAGAUACUUAUAUGGAGAUAAACGGGGGAUGCUCAACUGGAAGCAGCGAUUCAAUAUAAUCUGUGGCACAGCUCGUGGCCUUGCCUACCUGCACGAGCAAUUCCAUGUCUGCAUCAUCCAUAGAGAUAUAAAAUCCAGCAACAUUCUACUAGACGAUGAAUUCCAGACAAAAAUUGCUGACUUUGGGCUUGUAAGACUUUUACCUGAGGAUCAGAGUCAUGUUAGCACUAAGUUUGCUGGUACCUUGGGAUAUACCGCACCAGAAUAUGCAAUUCAUGGACAUCUAACGGAGAAGGUUGACGUCUAUAGCUUUGGCAUCGUUGUUCUUGAAAUAAUCAGUGGCCGGAGGAGCAACGAUAUCAAAAUUGAACCUGUCACUGAAUAUCUCCUUGAACAGGCGUGGAAACUUCACGAAACUGGCAUGACUGAAAAACUGGUGGAUGAGACAUUGGACCCCAAUGAAUUCAAUGAACAAGAAGUGAAGAAAAUCAUAGAGAUCGCGUUAAUGUGUACGCAAUCACCAGCUAAUCUUAGGCCAAGCAUGUCGGAAGUUGUUGUCAUGCUAUUAAGUGAUCGUAGCACAAGCACGAGAACUCCUAGCAGGCCUACUAUCAUUACCAUGGAUAAGAGUACACCAGUGGACUCAUCGAUUACUACUGGAUCAUCAGCUUCUAAUGCAACCAACACUUUUAGUGAUUUCACUGGCCGCUAGCUACAUAAGAGUCUAUUGUAACAAACAACAACUGCGCUUCAGUCCCAAAUAAGUUGGGGUCUAAAGAUUAUAUUGGCACCA